AUGUCGGCAACGCAGCAGGACGUGCAAACUGAGAAGGCCUUCCAGCGCCAGCAGGGGGUUUCUCAAUCGGCAUUGGCCCAGUCUUCUAGAAAGAAGGGAAAGGCGCGGUACUGGAGGGAAGUAGGCUUGGGUUUCACCACACCCCGCCUCGCGAAAGAAGGCACAUAUGUCGAUAAGAAGUGCCCCUUCACCGGUAAUGUGUCCAUUCGUGGCCGCAUCAUCAAGGGUAUGGUGAUUUCCACGAAGAUGAAGCGCUGCGUGGUGAUUCGUCGCACAUAUUUGCAUUGUGUGAGCAAGUACUCUCGUGUUGAAAAGCGGCAUAAGAACGUGUCUUGCCACCUGGCGCCGUGCUUCGAGCAAGUCAAGGAGGGCGACAUUGUCACCGCCGGGCAGUGCAGGCCCCUAUCGAAGACAGUUCGUUUUAAUGUCCUCAAAGUUGAGAGCAACCAGGUCUUCGGCAACGUGCGCAAACAGUUCCGUCUCUUCUGA